UUCUUCAAUAGUAAAUAAUCUUGUAGUAAAUACAUUAUUUUUGGUUCUGUUUCAUUUUUCAUUAUUUUCUUUUAUUUUGUAAGAAAAAUAAAAGAAAAUAAUUAACAUAUUAAAUUAAUAAAAGAUGGAUUACAUUUCUCUGACCAUAGUUGCAUUCCUAGUCGCUUUUGCCUCUCCAGUGGUUCUAGCCACUGAUACAGCGCCGAUUCCAGAAGACAGGUCCCAAAUCCCGCAAUGGUUCCAGACAAACGUUGCACCUUAUUCCCAGAGAAAGGGAACCCUAGACCCCUCCCUGGAAGCUGCUGAAACAGCACGACAAGUUAUCACCGUGAAUCAAAAAGGAGGCGCUAACUUUAAGACAAUAAACGAAGCGAUCAAGAGCAUUCCGACUGGAAACAAGAACCGUGUGGUCAUCAAGUUGGCUCCAGGUGUAUACAAUGAAAAGGUCACGAUCGACGUGGCGCGACCAUUCAUUACAUUGCUUGGUCAACCUGGUUCAGAAACGAUCUUGACUUACCACGGAACGGCCGCUCAGUACGGAACCGUUGAGAGUGCAACUCUUAUAGUCUGGUCUGACUAUUUCUUGGCAGCUAACCUCAUCAUCAAGAAUACUGCUCCUAUGCCGAAACCAGGUGCACAAGGACAAGCUCUAGCUAUGAGGAUCAACGGUGACAAGGCAGCUUUUUACAGCUGUAAAUUCUACGGUUUUCAAGAUACUCUUUGCGACGACAAAGGCAACCAUUUCUUUAAGGACUGUUACAUCGAAGGAACCUAUGAUUUUAUCUUCGGAAGAGGAGCUUCCUUGUACUUGAACACGCAAUUACACGCUGUUGGAGAUGGAUUAAGAGUGAUCACGGCACAAGCUCGACAAAGUGAUACCGAGCAAAACGGAUACACGUUCGUGCACUGCAAAAUCACUGGGACCGGAACCGGAAUUUAUUUGGGCCGGUCUUGGAUGAGCCAUCCAAAAGUUAUCUAUGCUUUUACAGAGAUGAGUAGCGUGGUCAAUCCAGCUGGCUGGAGGGAAAACUUCAACCGCGGCUAUGACAAGACGGUGUUCUAUGGAGAAUACAAGUGUUUCGGACCAGGUUCACACCAAGAGAAGAGAGUGCCUUACACACAAGAUGUUGAUCAAAACGAAGUUAGGCCUUUCCUCACUCUUGGUUACAUCAAGGGUUCCACUUGGCUACUUCCUCCACCUAAAUACUGAAAAUUUUCUUAAGAUAAAAUAUUGAUUAAUGUAACAGUUUUUAAUCCUUAAACCAGUGAAAUGUUCCCAUCUUUUAUUUUUUGUAUUACUUGAGAUAUGGAACUAAUUCAAUCGUUUUGAUAUAUUAAUAUGUUCCCCGGAAGUUUGUGGUGUUACUCGUUA